UGACUCCUGACAGGGCCAUCCUGAAAAGUCGUAUUUGUGAGGAAGAAGAAACUCUCAACAUGGCUAUGGUAUCAGAAUUUCUGAAACAGGCAUGGUUCAUGGAAAAUCAGGAGCAAGAAUGUAUUAAAAGUUCCAAAGGUGGCUCUGGAGUACAUUCUUCAAAAGGUGGCUCUGGAGUACAUUCACAACACCAACAGUUUGAUCCAUCAGCUGAUGUUAUUGCUCUGGACAGAGCUAUUACUGUAAAGGGUGUGGAUGAAGCUACUAUCAUUGACAUCUUGACUAAAAGAACAAAUUCUCAGCGCCAGCAGAUCAAAGCUGCCUAUCAGGAGGCUAAAGGAAAGACUCUGGAGGAAUCCUUGAAAAAAGUUCUGAAAAGCCACCUGGAAGAUGUUGCUGUGGCUCUGCUCAAAACUCCAGCUCAGUUUGAUGCUGAAGAAUUAAGAGCUGCUAUGAAGGGGCUUGGGACUGAUGAGGAUACCUUAAUCGAGAUUCUGGCCUCAAGAAACAACAGAGAGAUCCAAGAAGCCAGCAGAUACUACAAGGAAGUGCUGAAGAGAGAUUUGAUACAAGACAUUAUCUCUGACACAUCUGGGGAUUUUCAGAAGGCUUUGGUUGCUCUAGCCAAGGGUGACCGAUGUGAAGAUGUUCAUGUGAAUGAUGAGCUUGCUGACAAUGAUGCCAGGGCUUUGUAUGAAGCAGGAGAGAAAAAGAAAGGAACAGAUAUUAAUGUGUUUGUUACUAUUCUUACUGCAAGAAGCUACCCACAUCUCCGAAGGGUCUUCCAGAAGUACACCAAAUACAGCAAGCACGACAUGAACAAGGUACUGGAUUUGGAGCUGAAAGGGGAUAUUGAGAACUGCCUGACUGCCCUUGUGAAGUGUGCCACAAGCAAGCCAGCUUACUUUGCUGAAAAACUGCACUUGGCGAUGAAGGGCUUUGGGACACGGCACAAAGAGCUGAUCAGAAUCAUGGUUUCACGCCAUGAAGUGGAUAUGAAUGAGAUUAAAGGUUACUACAAGAGGCUAUAUGGCAUCUCUCUCCGCCAAGCCAUUAUGGAUGAACUCAAAGGGGAUUAUGAAACCAUCCUGGUGGCUUUAUGUGGAAGUGAUAACUAAGUUUCAUAUUCCUGAAAUGUACUCAAGCCUUCUUUCUGGAAAUCUUUAUAUUUGCCUCAGCUGUCUAUAUAAAAUACAGGCUUACACAGUGAGAUUUUUGCAAUUGUAUGUGUUAUGUCAAAAAUGUCUAACCUGGAAUGUAUUUUUUUUCAGUGUCUUUAUUCUGAAUGGCAUAAAUAUCUCUCUGGGCCAUUAUUUAUCCAAAGUUAGAGAAGGCCCCCAGUUUUCUAUUUGCUUGAUUAAUUUUGAAAAAGCCAAAGUUUUAAUCUAAGCAAAGUA